CUGGUGAAGAUCGACGAGCGUACCUUGGUAUCAAUAAAAUGACAUCAAGCGCGAGCACGCAUUGCAUGGGAGAGGUAAAUCGCCAUCAUCGACGUAGGAACAGGGCACGUACUGUCCAUUCUAGAGGGCGUAGGUGCAUACCGACUUCAUGGCCUGGAUGGAAGACAUCAAGCAUAGGAAGGUAGCUUUGGAGGACCGUGUUGUGACGGCCUGAGAGUCGACGAGUGUGCACCACAGUCGUCACGUCACAUCGGAGCUCAACAUCCUGACAGUGUAGGUGAUUGUGAUGGGAUGCGGAAAAGUCAGAAGUGGAGCCGAAAUUAAAUAGAUCGCGAGGAGCUGAGGAGUUCAGCCGCACAGACUGUGUCAACGCGCAGGGGACACAGAGUGGAUAGACAGAAAGGCGGAGUGACAGACAAAUCGGAGCCAGACAGAGGGAGACAGAGCACAGCGAAGUUUACCGCCGCGCAUGAACUGAUCGAUCGAUCGAUUCGUCGAGGUGUAGAAGGUUGUGACUCGAGAAGCAAAAAGGCUUGCGAUUUUGGGAGGGAAUUCUGCGAUCGGGCUGGAAGGAUCUUCAAUCUUCGUGAUCUUCAUUGAUCCGUGCGAGGGAUUAUUCAAUCAGUUCUGCAGAAUCUAGACGUGCGUAAAUGACGAAUGCAGAUAAUUUGACAGGCUUGAAGAAGAAGAGGGUGGCUUUCAUUCUCGUAGAUGGAUUGGGAGAUGUGAGCAUACCUUCUCUGGGGUUUCGAACUCCCGUGCAGGCUGCCAGUACACCCAAUUUGGACGCUGUGGCACGAGCAGGGGUGAAUGGUCUGAUGGAUCCCGUCGAGCCUGGUCUGGCUUGUGGAAGUGACACAGCCCAUCUAUCGCUCAUGGGUUACAACCCUCUCAUCUACUACAAAGGGCGUGGCGCUUUUGAGUCACUCGGUGCAGGCCUCGCCAUGUCCCCUGGCGAUAUUGCCUUCAAGAGUAACUUCGCAACCAUAGAUGAUGCGUCAGGAAUAGUCACUAGUAGGAGGGCAGACCGGCACUUCGAAGAGGAGGGACCCAUCCUGUGUGCAGCUUUGAAUGGACUCAAGCUGCCAUCCUACCCCAAGUAUCAGGUUUGUGUAAGGUAUGCCACAGAGCAUAGGUGUGGAGUAGUUGUCAAAGGCCCAGGUUUAAGUGGCAAUAUAUCUGGCACGGAUCCUCUGAAGGAUAAUAGGCUUCUACAGACUGUGGUGGGGCUCGACGACUCCGAGGAAGCUAAGCACACUGCAGCCGUGGUCAAUGAACUUUCCAAUGAGAUGAGAAAAAUUCUUACGGCUCAUCCCCUGAAUGCUGAACGCAAGGUGCAGGGGAAGAGCAUCGCAAAUCUGGUUCUCCUCCGUGGUUGUGGUAUUCGCAUUGAGGUGCCAACGUUUCAGGAGCAGCACGGGCUUGUACCAUGCAUGGUUGCUCCCACGAAGAUCAUUGCAGGUCUGGGUUUGUCGUUGGGGAUCGAUAUUUUAGAUGCUCCGGGAGCAACAGGGGACUACCGAACCCUGCUGACCUCCAAGGCCACUGCCAUUGCAAGCGCUCUGUCUGCUCCCUCCAAGUCUCCACCGAGUAUUUUCAUUCCAGGAGACGAAGGCUUCAAACCUGGACACAGUCAAGGUUAUGAUUUUGGGUUUUUGCAUAUCAAGGCAAUUGACGAUGCUGGACACGAUAAGGCUGUAGAAUUGAAGGUUAGGGCAUUUGAAGCUGUGGAUGUAAUGCUUGGCCAGCUUGCGCGCCUGCUUUGGGAAGAAGAAGCGAAGAACGGCCAGUUCGAAUAUAGUCUAUGUAUUACAGGUGAUCAUUCAACCCCUGUUGAAUAUGGAGAUCACAGUUUUGAGCCUGUUCCGUUCACCAUAUGUCACUUGAAGGACUUCGUGGCAGCCAAAGGCGGUGAAUCUGCAGUCCUCGCCACCUCUUUGUCUCCUUUCAAUCUGCCCAUAGUCGGUUCUUCAGCUCUGGCUGCACUCGCCGAGAGCGCCAGUGCUAGGGCCACUCGCGACUCCUGUGAUUCUCCAGUUGCUGGUGAUUCAGUGGUUCAUUUUGAUGAAAUUGCUGCAGCCAGAGGUUGCCUCGGGCGGUUCCAGGGUAGUGAAAUGAUGGGGAUCAUAAAGAAAUAUAUGCACCUUACAAACUAGUUCGAAAGUGGUGCACAUUUCGACUUGUAUCAACAAAUUUAGGGAUGUUAAGUGAAUGAAUCAUGAAGUCUCUUACCUCUCAAGUGACAUCAGGAUGCACAAGGCUCCAUCAAUGGACUGUAAGACAUAUUUUCGGCCUAGGGUGCCUUGAGCCCCGGUCCUUUCCUGCUCUUGUUUUCAGCAGAGAAGCGUCUGAUCAGAACGGGCUGAAAAAGGAAUCAACCAGGUCACAUCAAAUAAGUCAGGCAAAUAAUACGUCUGGACUUGAAUGACUGAGACGAGCUUGAAGCCGAGCCCAAGCGCCCCUUCUGACGUAGUAAAUGAGGAUCUUUACUUGUUGCUUUGACACCUGUCGAUUUACAAUCCAUAAAAGAGUUGCAGAACUCGCCCGAGUUUGGCUUCUGGAUGCAAGCUGUGUUCUGGCUGGCCAUCGACCAUCUUGCUUUAGAAUCUAGAGAGUGCAUAGAGGAAGUGAGAGAAUAAGUCUGCCUCUGAAACAUAUUAUUGCGAAGUGGCUCGUGUGCCGAUGAUGGCUAAUAUAGAUAAAUCUCGCAAACAUAAGCCAUUCCGUUGCGCAUACCGUAAAUGAAUAACUGGGCAGCUCCUUCUCGUGAUUCACGUACAUGGUAGAUGUAAUAGUGCACAAUGCUCUCUCCUCUCCCCGGAAACGUAUCAGGUUUUUAAGUAGCGCUUUCGUACUUUCUUUAUGUACCAGGAAUCAUUGCACUCUCCGUAUCCUCCACCGAAAUCAUUCAUAUUCAGCCCUAAAUCACAUCAUCAUACUAAUCCGUCUCCAAAAUUCGAUUUACUCUACUUCUAACUCAAAGUAUGGACCCCCGGGCCACACUACUGUCAGGGCUUCAAGCCCAUGGAGCUGGCUCACGUAGAGAAUAGAGAGUGUCGUUCUAUCGUUCAAAGGGUUGAAAGGAGAGGAACUAUGUAAUAUAGACAAAUCUUUGUUUG